CCAAUUUGAGAAUCAUCGCCAUCGGAACUUCACAGUGAUCAUCACAAUCAUCGUAACGCCGCCAUGAGAGGCCCUAGGCCGGAAGAUUUCGAGACGAAUCCAUCCACGCCGAUCACCGGCCAACCGACGCCGACGUACCCGGCCGGCGCCCGGAAGAAAGGCGUGGGCGUGAGGACAUGGCUGGUGCUCUGCGCGAGAGGCCAGGCGCAGACGACGGAAGUCGGAAAACACGCCAUCAUGCGGCGAACGGGGCUACCGGCGCGAGAUCUUCGGAUCCUCGAUCCGCUCCUGUCGUAUCCGUCGACUGUGCUGGGUAGAGAGAGAGCGAUUGUGAUCAAUCUGGAGCAUAUCAAGGCGAUCAUCACGGCUCAGGAGGUUUUGCUGCUUAAUUCGAAGGAUCCUUCUGUGGCGCCGUUUAUCGAUGAGUUGCAGAGGAGGAUUCUCUGUCACUAUCGCGCUACUAAGCCUAAGGAGGAAGAGAACUAUGAGGGAGAGACUCGUAUGAGUAUGGAUCAACCGCAAGGAGGAGGAGAUGGGACGCCAUUAUUAUUUGGGGAACAAGGGGAUGAAGCCAAGAAGGAUGCGAAGCAAAGCCUUGAGAAUCAAGAUGGAUCCAAGGUUCUUCCUUUUGAGUUUGUUGCUCUUGAAGCUUGUCUUGAAGCUGCAUCCAGCAGUUUGGAAAGUGAGGCCGUAAGAUUGGAGUUAGAGGCUCAUCCAGCCUUGGAUAAGCUUACUUCGAAGAUCAGUACCCUCAACUUGGAGCGGGUUCGACAGAUUAAGAGCAGGCUUGUUGCAAUAACUGGACGUGUUCAGAAGGUUAGGGACGAGCUAGAACAUCUGCUAGACGACGAUGAAGAUAUGGCUGAGAUGUAUCUUACAGAGAAGUUAGCUCAGAAACUUGAGAAUUCGUCAGCUUCCUCUAUGAAUGAGAGUGAUACUGUCGAGGUUGAUCUUCCUGAGGGAGACGAGGAUGACAGGCUUCCCGCGGAAUCUGCUUCGGAAUCUAACAGAGAUGAAAGCUACCUUCGAGCAAAUGAUGACGCCCACGAUCUUCUUAUGAGUACUCAUAGCGCACUUAGCAGAAACAGCCGUGGGACUCAUACUAGCUCAACCAGGAGUGCCAUGACCAACAAGUUCGACGUGGAAGAACUUGAAAUGCUUCUGGAAGCAUAUUUCGUGCAGAUCGAUGGUGAUAAUUGUGCGGUUGUGUUGUUUGAAUGGGGGAAAAAAAAGCUAAGGGAGUACGUGGAUGACACAGAGGACUACAUCAACAUAAUGCUAGAUGACAAACAGAAUCAUCUGCUGCAAAUGGGUGUGAUGCUAACGACAGCAACUCUGGUGAUGAGUGCAUUUAUCGCUGUAGCUGGAGUGUUCGGGAUGAACAUUACCAUAGAGCUGUUCAAGGAUGAGAAAGCUGGUCCGACGAGAUUUGCGUGGACUGUGAUUGGAGGUUUUAUCGGGAGUAUAUUCCUCUAUGUUGGUGCCAUCGGGUGGUGGAAGCAGAAACGCUUGCUUGAAUGACUCCAACCAACCAAGCAAAGCAUAUUGGGAAGAAUGAUGUCUCUUACCAAAAUAUUUGUACACUAACGAGAUUUUAUGGGUGGGGGGUUUUAAUUUUCUAUUACUGAGAAUAAUGUCCCUUACUAUAUUUGCAUAGUUAAAUUAUAAAACAGAGCAAAUUGGAAAUUACACUA